AUGGAGGAUGUGGUGACAGACUUUCUGAAAAUUCUUGGCAAAACUGAACACGAAGUCCAAUCAUUGCCUCAAACGAGUGCGGAUUUCGAAACAUGCAGCCUACGCUCAACGCUGUACGGCCAGUUGGAUGCCCAGCUAGGUUCAGCCGUGGACGAAGCCCUCGGUUUGCAAGAGCUUCGGCUCGAUCCCGCCGAUGCUGUUUGCCCUGAUGCUAUCAAUAAGGUUGUAGCGCGGCUAGCGGCGUCUCCGCCUUUCGUCAGCGUGGUCAACAAGGCUCGCGAGGCGAUUGAGCAAGCUGCAGAGGCUCAGCUGGCUGCAGCUGCGACUCCUGUUGCCAACGCCACGGAUGGCAGUGUUGCUGCGACGGGAGCUGCUGGAGUUGUUCUUCGUCGGAACGUGGAUGCAUUGUCAAGCUCCGACACGGAGAGAGAAGACAUGCGCGUGAAGAAGAAGGCGGCGCGCAGGGAUGAUUGGGUGGGCAUGUUCGACCUGUCAGGGGGGCUUGGGGGAGGAAUUAGCCCUCGUGUGGAUAUCGAGGCUGCGCUGGGUCAACUGGAGACUGGGCUCGGGGGCUCAGGUAGCUCUGCCACGAGCUCGGUCGAGGCCCUAGGCUUGCUGGCACAGGCUAUGACCCUGCACUGGGUAAUGUACGAGAAGUCCAUGGGCAUGUGCGCGGCGGACAUGUGCGAGGGUGUCCUGGCUCACGCACGGGGGUACUUCUCGAAUACGAUCCACGUGCUCUCCGCCGCGUCGGUACACCGGCGCCACAUGCCGGCUGGUGGAAAGGGCACCGAAACGGCCGAUGUCGGAACUGCCAAUCUUAUGGUCAUCGGGGACUCAAAGCUGGCUUGCGCUGCGCGCAUGGCAAGGGCUCUUCAUGGCAUGCUUGUGACGAUCCACGAGACGUUCCAACAUCUGCCGGAGCGGCGCGUUUGGAGCAUUGUCAGUUCCUUCUUUUCUCUAUUAGGCGAUACUGUCGCUUCCUUGGAAGGGGCGCCAGGUGAUCCAACAGGUUCGGGCAUGAUCGACAGCGAUUCUGAUGUCAAUCCUGAUUGUCUCGAGGGUGACGGAAAUGGUAACGGGUGCGGCUACGCUGCGCCUUUACCAGAUCGGGUGUCGUGUCAGUCCAAGGGGAACCCAACCACCUCUACGGUCCUCGUAUCGGCGCAUUUCCUCGCCGUUGUCGGCCGAGUCGAUGAUUGGCUGCCAGCUUGGCUUAGGUCCUUGCCCACCGGGCAGCUUGUGCGAGCGGUAAACGACGCGGGCCUUGUGGAAGCAAUGACCCGCAGGUGCAAGUCGCACGGGCAGAUUCCCUUCUGCUCCAGAAAUAUUUGCCAUAGACCAUCCGGCUCCGACCCUGCCGUUGCCGCUGCCGUUGUGUCAAACGGUGCCCGUGGUACCGCCGGUCCCACCGCACCCGAGUCGGCGCCGCCGGAAAGUUGUCAGCCCAAGGCUGCUGUUGUGAGACACCGUCUCAGCGUAAGCGCUGGUUCCUCGGGUACCUUUUCUUCGGCCGGUUCGGCGGCGCCCCUUGGCCGUGCCCUUUGGCUCUCGGCCGCAGAGCUAGAACGAUCGCUCCUGUUACAAUCAGUCUCCUUCCUGGGAAUUCUCGCCACGCACUGCCGGGGUAUGUUGCGGCCAUGCCCACCGAUCCCCGAUGACGAGGACGGCAGCGAGGAACCGGUGACGAGAGUAGAGCGAGAACGGGAAGCCAUCGACGGCGGUGUUAAUCGUGGCCUCGAGCAGGCGGAGGAAGUCCUGCAGGCGCUGGUGCAGUGUGCUUGGGAUAUAGAGGAGCGGCGAACUGAGUCUGCAACAGGGGCGUCCUUAUUGUCGAGACGAGCACAUCCCACAACGAAGCGUGCACGAUCGAGAUCCGUGCGUUUCGUGGCGUUGGACUACGUUGAGAGGUUGGCAAAGGCGACGGCUGGUGGCGAAUCGACGCCGUUUUCCGCUGUCGCUGUGCAGCAUUUGUUUUCGUCCCUGGACGGCGCGAAACGGAGCGGCGGGGGGCAACGCGGCAGCUUUGGCGAGAGGGAUGGUAGCGAUGGUUGCAUGAGGGAAACGGAUGAGUCACCGGGGAACGAUUGCGCCGCGUUUCUAGGGGCACUGGCAGAAAUCGCGGGAGUGCUCCUGUCAUCACGGGGCGCCUCCGCCGGAUUUUUCGUCGAUGGUCCUGACGGGCUGCAGGCGUCUUGCGCUCUCCUCGAACUCGUGCGUUGCGCCGCGGAGCUCGCGAGACGUGCGUGCUGGCACUGUUGCCCUCGCGGCGAGAAGAGCGAGAAUGAGACGUCGGCAGAAGGACACGGAGACAAAGCAGAGGGUGGGUUUAUGUCCUUGGAGAAGGGAGACUUGGAGCGACUCGCAGUGAGAUUUUCCUGCGCACUUGCAUCAAUCAUGUGUAAUCCCCCAAAGCAACGCGCGGCCGGGCUGCAGGCGCUGUGGCAGGGGGGGGUGCCGCAGGCCCUCGCCACGCUAGUAUUGCACCUGGAACAUCCCAGACCGGAAGAAUUGGCCUCACCAGCGCAAGCCCCGCAACAAGCCAGAGAGGGGAAACAACCCGCUUCGAGAACCAGCGAUGGCGGUAAUGAUGCUGUUGGCUACCAAGAGUUUGAGGAGCGAAAUACCGACCUUCACGAUCGGUUGCUACUGUCACUGGUUCAGUGGGCGCGGGACCUAGAAGGGGUGAACUACCUGCGUAGGGUAGGGCUGGCCGCGCCCUGUGGGUCCUUCCUUGCACGCGAGCUCGGGUGGCGGCACUUGAACCGCCUCACUAGAGAUGAAUGCGCAAGCCCUCGGUCACUGGCGCUUGCAAUGAGACUCGCUCUGUGCGAGGAGGCUCUCAACGCUCUGCUCUCUGCAGACGGUGGCGUUGUUGAUGGAGUGGAGGGAGGGCUAACUCGGCUCGGUGAGUUGUCGACCCUCCCGGAGUUGCUGGAGUCUCAGAUGGUUGACCUGCCACCGCCGCAUACCCUCGAUGCGCGAAGGGUUGGCGGUGACGACAGUGGGGCGGGCGGGUUGUUUGAGGAGGAGCUUCCUAGGAGGUUUCCUGGGCUUAAGCUGGGCAGCGACGCAGGGGAUCUCCGAUGCCUCGAUGUUAUUUCCCGCGUGGCCCUGUCGGGCUCCUUCUUGUGUUCGGACUCCGCCAGCCUUGGAGCCCGGCAGAUGGAGAGAUGGCUGCAUUGGGGGUUAUCGCGGGCGGCCCCGUGCGCAAAUCCCCGCAUCAAUGCUGGCCGGGUCGCGACGAAGGAAGGAGAGGACGGUUAUGUACCUCAAGAUGUUCGUGUCGCGGCGCUCCACGUUGUCACGAAUCUGGCGGCGGAUUUGUCUACCGCCAUCGCGAUCGAGGCAGAGUGGUCGCUGGCGGACACUCUCGUCCAGCAGAUGUCAGACGAGGAGAUGGUAGAUGCGUGUACAUCGGACGACGCCGGUGUCGGCGGCGAGGGGGUGGGAAGAACAGCGUCGAAAUCGCGUGAAAGUUCCGGCACGCCGUGCAACAGCGACGGCGGCAGCAGUGGCGGCAAGCACGGCGUCGGAAGCGUCUGUGUGCCCAACAUCGUGGAACCUGCUGCGCUUAGCCGUGCCCGCUUAGCGGUGUCACUUACGUGCCUGGGUGGCCCCAACGAGGAACGACACGUGUUGCUGCGAAGACUUCGACAUCUCGAGGCGUCGGCUGGCGGUGUGACUGUGAACUCAGGGAAGCGAAACGCCUCCGCUACUUCCGCCCGGACUGCUAGCGGUGUCCGCGGGAUGUCAGAGAUAGAGUUUCCGGGUGAAGAUGCUUCGGAUGAAGACUGGUGGAGUGCCGUGGACCAGUGCGUCCCAACUGUGGUGGCGUGCUUGACUGACCCUGAUGUGGCUCGAAGGAAGGAGGCAUUCGCGCUGCUGAGUAGUGCAGCAGCAAGGAGAUCCCUCCUUUUGCCGAAGGAGACAACGCGGCGCUUGGCUGAACCUCGAGCGGCGGACUGCGCUUCCCCCUGUGACGACGGAGAGAGGGGUGGGCCAGAGCCCCAGGGAAGCAUGUUUGAUAGGAGGCAGGAGGUUAUGGUCAAGCUCUGCUUUUCGUACGCGCGCGACCUCGGUUUCGUAGAUAAUGGUUGCCGAGAGGUAUUUGCAUCUGGACUGCGGGCUACCCUGGCAGGUGUAGCCGAACCGACUGCGGGUUUGACAUCCCGGUCAUCGGAAGUUGACACUCCCGCGACGCCUUGGCAAGCCGACUGGUUCGCGGCGGUGGCAUUCAUGGCCUCCGGGAUGGAUAGCGCAGCGGCGAGUGAAAUGCUUCAAGUUCUGCACCGGCAAAUCUUCAGAGCGGCGUUCUUGCUGCCGCUCGCGGGGAAGCGCUACGCGUCAAAAGCGGCGCGCGACACCGCCGGCUGCACGGCCGCUGCCCGAGAUCCCCCCGCUCACGUCGCGCAAGAGAUGAAUUCCGGAGGGCACACCCAUGAGGUGGCGGACGUUUACAGCCGUGUUUGCGCUUCACCACUCUCAGGUGAUGGUGCCCCCCCGGCCGCCGCAGAUCCUUCCCGCGGAGACCCGCCGCUGCUCCUGCUGAUUUCCUUGGUCGAGGAGCUGCUUGAAGAAGAACUGCCUCUCAUGUCGGCAGCCUUGAGGGGAUCCGGGUGGGCGGCGGCCCCUCUCGCGGCGCGAUGGGUUCGCCAGUGCAUGUUGUCCAUCGUAGACUGGCCUGGCGUGGUGGCGUUCCUCGCGCUGUCCUUGCUCCGGGGUCACGAUUACCAGGUGUACUUUGUCGUAGCUCUUUUCCGCGCGGCCCAGCCUUGCGUCAUGGAAGCAGCGUCAAAGGGUCUCGACCUCACGGGGCUACUUGGUAGAGGAGAGGCUCUCGAGGCAUUCAAUCUGGAAGAAUCGCUUUCUUUCAUGGAGGCUUUGGAGCGGCGUCAUCGAGGGCGGUGCAUCGCUGCCACCAAGGCGUAUCUCGCUCAGUGUUAAGAGGAGGGGUGUAUUGUGCUGGAUACCGACUGGGCUUUGUCCUGGACGUUCUCUCUUUACGGACGCUCAGGACGUGUACGUGUAGGUCUCCAAGAUGUAGGCCAGUGUUCACUUCUUUGUGUACACGUACAACACGCCCGUGGUGCACGAGAAGUACGUGAGUUUGUUGUGUUGUAUGCGCGGCGAUCAAAGCGUGUUUCCUACAUGUAAGAUUCGGUAGUCAAGGCCGUACGCCCUAGCCCCCUUCGUGUCUGGUAACAACGCUUUCAUCAUGGUCGCAAGGGCAAAGCGCGGCCAGUGAAGUCGAGGAACGCGUUUUCUUGGUUGACAGUGGCAAAUGAAACCCUGUAUGUGAUCUCCCUUCUCCACCACGUAUCUUGCCUCACGGGGCAACACCUGAAUCAA